CUAAUCAUCUGUCAAAUUUCCUUCAAUUCAGUCGAAAUUAAAUUAAUUAACACAAAAAUUUACCCAAAAAUGGUAAAAUUACAAUAAAAUUGAAUGCAAAACAUCCACAAAAGCCAUAAUAGUAGUUUAUUUCAUUUAUUUAAAUAAUAUUCUAAGCUUAAUUUUUAAUUAAUACAAUUUUGGAGAUGAAACUAUCACUGUUACUUAUCUUUCUAUCGAUAUAUUGCUAUUGCGAUAGAUUCGCCAUAGUCGGUGGUGAUAAUUCAUUCGAAGACAGUGACUUUGCUGAAUUCGAAGAUUUCGAUGCUGAUGAAGAAGAAUUUGAUGGCAAUGGAGCCACAAUUGGUGACUUCAAAGAGAGCGAUGAAGACUCGGUGCCAAAAGAGAUUCCUGUUCAGAUAAAGAAAUCAGCAGAUAAUGAUUUUGCUGCCAUGAACGAUGACGAAGAUGACGGAGUCGUUGAGGACGAUGACAACGAAUUCGAACACUUUCAAGACGAGGAGGAAUUUGAAGGUUUCGAUGGUGGAGAUGUUAAAGAUCUUCCCGUAGAUCAAAAAGCACCUGAACCCAAAUUGACUGUUGCCAAAAUUCCAUUACACUUUAGGACUCAUUGGGAUUCCUAUUGGAUGGAAAUGUUAAUGUUGGGCGGCCUUCUAACUUAUUUUGCCAAUUUCUUCUUUGGAAAGUCUAAAAACUCAAAAUUAGCACAUCUUUGGCUAAAUACGCACAGAUCUCUAUUAGAAGAUAAUUUUGUUCUAGUCGGUGAUGAUGGAAAAAUGGAAAAUGAAAAUCCUGGCCUUAAUAAGGAGAGUGAAAGUCUAUACACCUUAUGGUGUUCUGGUCGUACAUGCUGUGAAGGUAUGUUGGUCGAACUUAAAAUGAUUAAACGCCAAGAUUUGGUAGCCCUAGUUGCUGGUCUAAUGAGACCACAACAAGAUCAAAUCCAUAUAAAAGUGGAAAUCUCUAAAGAUGCAAUGGAUUCAUUUGUAUUCUGUGUUGGCUCGAAGAAGACAGUCACUAAGUUCUUUAAAGAACUUGCUGAUUUGAACAAAUACUGUAUUCUAGUCAAUAAACCAGAGGAUAGAUUUAAUUUACCAAGUGGAUUUAGCGUGCUAUCUGAGAUACCUGAAGCCACAUCGGCAUUAUUAGAGUCACGUGUCGUGGCUGUUUUAAGUAAAUACCAAAAUUUCAUCGAUUACAUUCAAAUUUCCGACCAAUUCAGCGGCCCAGUUCAACAGGAUGAUCCAAAUAAUUUGAAACAACCUGAAGUUAAGCGUAUGCUUAUGGCUGGAUUUAACUUGCCCAAAAAUUGUGACAUGGAAUCGGUUAAGCCUUUGCUAGUUUUGGUCUUUUAUAUUAUGGAAAAGUUGAAGUCAUAUCGAUUGUCCAAAGAUGGCAAAGCAAAAGCUGAAAAGAACCGCCUACGCGUUGAAGAAGAGUUCCUUAAGAGCACCCAUGCAGCUCGUGCUGAAGCAGCUGCCCAACGCAGAGAAGACAAACGCAAGCAAGAAAAAGAGCGCGUUCUUGCCGAAGACGAUCCAGAAAAACAGCGUCGCUGGGAACUCAAGGAACAAAAGAGACAAGCCAAGAAAAAGGCACCCAAGAUGAAGCGCUUGGCCGUCAAGUCACUUUAAAUGUUUGUUUCGUUCUAUUUUGUCCAAACCUAUAGAGAACAAAAUAAUUACUUUUAGAUUGCUUAUGUACUUCAACAUUUUAUUGGAAUACAUUGAUCAUUGGACAAAUAACUUA